AUGGUCGGUGCGAACAAUGACAUCGCAGUUUUAAUGUCUUCGAAUCUUUUUGACGAUGUCAUAGAUGGUAUUGCACCAGAUAUUUCAUUCUAUGCAAACAACGUGCAGUAUAAGUAUGGGUACUAUCUCACAGACGGUAUUUAUCCCGAGUGGGCGAUGUCGGUAAAAACUCUUUCGUGUCCAGAUGACGAAAAAAGAUUGUAUUUCAAGAAAAAACAGGAGUCGGCAAGAAAAGAUAUCGAGCGGGCUUUCGGUGUGUUAAAAAAGAGAUGUAUCAUCGUACAGCCGUUGAGGAUACUUGAAAAAAGUAAAAUGAUAAACGUCAUGUAUACGUGCAUCAUUUUGUAUAACAUGAUAUUGGAGGACUCGGGUAGAGCGUUUUGUGGAGAAAAAGUUAUGAUGAAAGUAACCAACCGACGAACCCACUACUAA